AUGUCAAGUUUAAAUGGAAUUAAGAAAACUGUGACCGUGAAGAUUGAACUCCCUGAAAACAGUGAAAAUGUCUUAGCAGUAAACUUUCCACACUCAUUUAAUAUUGAACAAUUGAAGGAAGAUAUUUCGAAAAAGUUUAAGAUUUCUGGUAAACACUUGAUUAUAUUGCAAGGCGAUGAAACACUGAACGAUGAUGAUAAAUUGUGUCAUCUGGACCUGAAUCAUUUUGGAAUUAUUGAGAUAAAAUUGAGGCUGACUGAAGAUGCCAUAAGUGAAGAUAUAAAGUUAGACACAAGCGUUUACUACACAAGUUUCACUCUUCCGGAUAUUAUUACUGUUCACGUUCCGAUAGAGACUGAAGACGGUGAAACAAUCAUACGGGACCUUGUUGUUGAAAUUGAAAACAAAUCGAUUAAAAAACCUUUUCUUGGUGGAUAUAUUCAUAAGAAAACAAAGAUUGAGUAUCAUCAUGCAUUUACACAAACCGGACCCUCUACGGAACAAAUACAGAAGGUUAAAGAUAAAAGGUUAUGCCGAGAAACUCAAACGGUUGAUUUACGUCGCAUUGCCAUUGACACAAACAACGAUCGCUCAACACAAUAUUUUGGGGAAGCGAAUGAACUUUUGUAUUUGAAAUCUUCUGAUGAUAUUGAAGUAGAAACUCAUAAUUUCGAAACCUUUGAAGAGUCAGAGAAGCGUAAAGACAUCUUAGGGAAGACUCGAAGAAUUACGCAAGAUUUCACAGGGCCAGGAAGAAUCGUAGAAAUUCAAAUUUUGUUAGAAAAAGAAAUUCAACUUUUGAAUGGAAUUGAGAAGCGACGAUGUGAAAUUCAAAAAGAAAUGGAAAUUGUCAAACAAGAUCGUUUGUUGCAGAAACAUAGCGAAACUGUCAAAUGGAUCGGAUAUAAAGACGCAUUAAUUGAGAUGGAUACUUUGCGGAGUCAACGAGCCAGAAAAUUAGCCGAAUACUUCAAGCAACUUCGUCACUCAACCGAAAACAUUCAAGAUCGUUUGAUGUUGAUGAACAACAUCAGUGAAGCAUUAAUGGAUGAGAAUUCAAAUCGGAUAAUUGAGUUGGAAAAUUUAUUUCAACGAGAACGUGAGUUGUUAUCGUGCAAAUUGAGUGAUGAUGCACUUGAAAUUUUACGACGACGGCAACUUGUUGUGUUCAUGGAUGUCAUCAAGGAUGAAGAACGAAACAAACGAGAGAAACCGAUUUGUAGAGUUUGUGAACGAUGUAAGACAGUUCAACCAAUGGCGAACUUUGUGAUGCAUUCACGACAGAAAGAUUAUGACUUAUGUCGUAAAUGUUCAAGCUUGAAAGCGUCGAAAACUGAUUUGAGUGUUUAUCGAGCAAUUCUGCGUGGAAUUAGAAGAGAUGAACGAAGACGUGGUGCUUUGACUUCUCUUGCUUUUAUUAUUCAAGAAACUGAUAUCAAAAAAAUUAUUGAAAAUAUCUGGCAUGGAAUUUCUAUUUUGAGUCAGUGCGAUGUUACUUCAGAUUUAAGACUUCCAAGAUGGAAUGUAGAAGAAGAAUGGUCACCAUGGAACUGUGUAUGUUUAACCGACAGUGAAUCUCGCAUUCACACAGUUUGUAUCGAUUUAGAGAAGAUUUAUGGUGAUAAGAUCAUAAAAGAUUGUUUAAGAAAACAUUCACUGGCAAAGUCAACAUUCAGACAUUUAAAAAAAAUUGACUCAUCUUUCGAUGACCCAAGUAAUGACAGUAAAGUUGUGCAAACAUAA